AUGGUGAAGAUCGGAAUAUGCAUAGCUGAAGAAGUAAGACAAGGCUUCAUUGAGUUGCUUCGAGAGUUCAAAGAUGUCUUCGCAUGGUCAUACCAGGAUAUGCCUGGGUUAAAUACCGAUAUUGUAGUUCACCGUCUUCCUAUAAAGGAAGAUUGCAAGUCAGUUCAGCAAAAACUCCAGAGGAUGAGGCCUAAUGUUGUACUCAAAAUAAAUAAAGGGGUUCAAAAGCAAUUCAAUGCUGGGUUCCUACAAGUGGUCAAAUACUCGGAAUGGGUAGUCAAUAUUGUACUCGUCUCUAAGAAAGAUGGGAAGUAUAUGAUGGAGUCAACUGCUUUGAAUGAGAGGAUGGCUAGGUGGCAGAUCCUACUCUCCGAGUUUGAUAUAGUCUACGUAAAUCAGAAGGCUAUCAAAGGGAGCGUGAUAGCAGAAUUUUUGGCCAGCAGAGCUUUAGAAGACUAUGAAACUCUAAAUUUUGAUUUCCCGAAUGAAGACUUAAUGUAUGUGGCAACCGCUAAAGAGGAUUCCCAUAAAAAUCACCAUUGGAAGCUAAACUUUGACGGAGCUUCGAAUGCUGUAGGCAAUGGAAUUGGGGCAGUCCCUAUGUUCCCUAAUGGAGAUCAUUAUCCUUUUACCAGUAAAUUGGAUUUUGAUUGCACCAAUAACAUGACUGAAUAUGAAACCUGCAUUAUGGGUAUCUCGGCAGCCAUAGAGCGAAAAAUUAAGAUACUAGAGGUAUACGAAGACUCCGUAUUGGUAACAUACCAGCUCAAAGGAGAAUGGGAAACAAGAGACCCAAAGUUAAUCCGCUAUUGUAAGUUGGUUUUAGAAUUGAUUGAGGAGUUUGACAGUAUCACUUUUCAUUAUCUCCCACGAGACGAAAAUCAGAUGGUUGAUGCUUUGGCCACUCUAGCCUCUAUGAUCAAAGUGAACAAAUCAGAAGACAUGAAGCCUAUUCAAAUCAGCAUUUAUGGGACUCCAGCUCCUUGA